UGUCGGUGUGGCAUCGCCACUCGUGGGAUGCUGCCAACUCGCGAGGUUCGCCGUCACGCACGGCCUCAAGAGUGCCGGCCACCAGAGCGACCGGGAUAUUUCUAGUCUGGCUCUCCUCGCGGACUUAGUACUCGAGUAUCGUGUGUGCACAGUGCAUCUCUCUACGCGGUCGCGGUCGAGUGCUUCUCCCCGAUAUAUAUAUAUUUAAUUCGCGGUCGUUUCGAUCUUGUCGGGCGUCAGGUGCGGUGUCGAAUACGGUGACGAAUGUACGGCAGCCGAUGACAUGGCCGAAAGAAAGCUCAUAACGCCGAGACGGAAACGGCUCAACGACCCUUCUGGGUCAAGGCCGCCGUCGGACGUACCGAAGGAACCGGCGAGACCGCCGAGAACGAGAACGCAGCAGACUGCAUAUGUGACGACGACUCACAAUUCCGAUUUCGGAAAUGGCACGCAACGUAGCGUGUUCGUGAAAUCACAGCAGAAGCCGACCGAGAAGGCCCCGAUGACGACCCUCGACGAGAACGUGAACCGUGUACCACGACAACAGCAUAAGACAGCGGAAAAUAUGGAUCAUCUAGGAAAGUUUGAUCGGAUAGAAAGGCUCUCGCCAAUGGAAGACGUACAGAUGCAAGAUGGAGACGCGGAUGGUGGGCGGCCUGUUCAAGUAGUACUUGCCCAUCCAGAUCAUACCUUCGAAUUAGAUGAAGAUGCAUUGUCAGAAAUUCUCUUACAAGACGACGUGAAAGAUAGAAGUGUCGUUGUGGUAUCUGUUGCAGGUGCCUUCAGAAAAGGCAAAAGUUUCCUUCUCGACUUUUUUCUUCGGUACAUGAACAGCAAGUACACAUUACACAAUAAUACCGAAUCCUGGUUGGGCGCUGAGGACGAGCCACUGAGUGGUUUCUCAUGGAGGGGCGGUUCCGAGAGGGACACCACAGGAAUAUUGAUGUGGUCGAAGGUUUAUCCCGCUACUUUGGCGAACGGUGAAGAAAUCGCUGUGAUUCUCAUGGACACUCAAGGCGCUUUCGACAGUCAGUCAACGGUGCGGGAUUGCGCGACAGUGUUCGCGUUGAGUACGAUGCUGUCCUCCGUGCAAAUAUACAAUUUGUCGCAAAACAUCCAGGAGGACGAUCUUCAGCAUCUGCAGCUGUUCACCGAGUACGGUAGAUUGGCAUUGGAAAGCUCCGACAGCACACCCUUCCAGAGACUGCAAUUCUUAGUCAGAGACUGGGUUUAUCCGUAUGAGGCCGAUUACGGCGCGAACGGCGGAAAGAAAUUGCUCGACAAAAGACUGGAGAUUUCCGACAGACAGCAUCCGGAAUUGCAGAGCUUGCGAAAGCACAUUAAAUCCUGUUUUUCGGACAUAUCGUGUUUCCUCAUGCCGCAUCCCGGUCUCGAAAUCGCGACGAAUCCGAUAUUCGAUGGUAGAUUAUCCGAAAUACAGGCGGAAUUCAAGAAACAAUUGAAAGUGCUCAUACCGAUGAUACUAGCCCCGGAAAAUCUGGUGACGAAGAAGAUCAACGGGCAAGUCGUUAAAGCGAAAGAUCUACUGGAAUAUUUCAAGAGUUACAUCAAUCUUUACAGAGGAGACGAACUUCCCGAACCGAAAAGCAUGCUCGUGGCCACAGCGGAAGCUAACAACUUAACCGCUGUAGCAGAAGCUAAGGAUCUAUACCUUCAGAUGAUGGAGACCGUGUGCGGUGGAACGAAACCAUUUUUAGCGACCGCUCACUUAGAAUCGGAACAUCAACAUUGUAUGGAUAUGGCUCUUCGUCAAUUCCAGAAUAAACGAAAGAUGGGCGGAGAAGAGUUCAGUCAAAUAUAUAUGGAAAAAUUGAUUAAGGACAUGGAUGACGCUUUCACGCAAUUUAAGGCGCACAAUGAGAGCAAAAAUAUUUUUAAAGCGGCGCGAACGCCAGCAGUGUUUUUCGCAAUUGCCGUUACUAUGUACAUUCUGUCCGGAAUAUUUGGUCUUGUUGGUCUGUACACGCUAGCAAAUGUGUGUAAUCUUAUUAUGGGUGUUGGCCUACUCACGCUCGUCUUAUGGGCAUAUAUAAGGUAUAGUGGAGAAUUCAGAGAAAUUGGAACACAAAUAGAUGACAUGGCCAGUAAGAUAUGGGAAAAUUGUUCUAAUGAAAAACGAUAUUUGAGAAAGUUCAUGAAGCCACUCUACCAACAAUUCGUGGAGAAGUCCGUGUCUGUAGCAGUGGCGCAGGCUGCUGAAAUUGCGGUAACAAAUUCAACAAUGAACGCCACUGCCAAUGGCAAGCCUAAAUUAUUGUAACAUUCAUUCCCGUAAUAUCCCAAUUGUUCGAACGAAUCGAAAUAUUGCAUCCUUAUAUAUUAAGUGGCAUAAUCAAAUUUUACAAUAUCGUUAUCUUUUGACAUACCGCCAUGGAUAGUUUUCUCUCUGUUUAAAACUGGAUUAAACAUUAUGGCUUGGAAGUACUAAUUCGAAAAUGACUGUGAAUGUAUAUACGAUGUAUUCUAAUUAUAAAAACAGCGUUAGAUCGAUGGAAAUCGUGAUUACUAGUGUUGCCUAGUAUAUCCUUGACAUGGAUGUUGUAAAAAUAAAAUCUCGUAAUGAUGAAAAAUAUUGUAGCUUGACCCGAAAGUUUUAUCGCAGGGAUGUUAAUAUAUUUAAAGUUAUUACAAAUUAUAUAAAAAGUAGAAAAAUGCAUUUGAGAAAAUAUAAGCCCUUGUGUAACAGCUCUUUUUUUGUUCGUUUCCAUUAAGUAUAUAAAGUUUUUUUUUCUGUUCUAUCCGUUACAUUUAAAAAUGCAUUUUGCAGUUGAUUUUCGUUUUAAGAAGGAUUUUGUUUUGCAUAGAUUACGUCUAAGGUUAUGUCCUUGUUGUUUACGUGUUUAUUUAUAUGCUUGGACUAACGAAGUUCAGAUUUCAUUCGUGCCAGAAAACGCGCAACCUGAGUUGUACUGGACUACUGUUUAAUAAAAGAAUGUAUAUAUUGCACGAUGUUAUUCACAUUCUACAUAGUUCGAAAAAAAAGUGAUAAAAAUACUUAGAAUUUAACUAACGAUAUAGAUAUUCACACGCCAUAUUGCUGUAGUGUAUGACUUUAUUAAAUGCAAUAUCUCGAAGUUGCCCGAUUACAUUGAUCUACUUAAGUGUAAUAUAAGUCUUAUUGCCAACACGCUGUUAAUAGUAAUAAAGUUUGUGUCGUAUGCUGGACUCCAUUUCCUAUAUUGCUCAUUGAAUAAAACUGACUAAUAUUACCAUUUUUAAUGCAUUACAUUUGUAAUGCUACGUUUGCCGAAAAACAUACUAAUAUUAUUGUACUAAUAUUAACCUAAAAAUGAUAUAUAUAUAUUUUUUUAAACUAUAUGUUUUUUUGUUUCCAAGAAUUUUGUUCAAUGAGUAAUUUUGGUAAUAAAAUUUGACGUAUGCGUGUAUUAAAACUCUACCAAGUCUUGCCAAACGAUUGCUAAUAUAUAUUAUACUUUGGUCUGUAACGUAGUUGAUAGAGCAAUGAAUUUAUUUAUAUUUUUACUUGCAUAGAAUUCUAAUUUUUAAAUGUGAAAUUUAUUAACGAAUUAUAAAACUGGACUUGCAAAAUUUUAAAAGAUGAUGAUUCAUUAAAUAUAAUAUAUACGCUAUUGUUUUGAAAAAAAAAAUAUAUACAUAAUUUUUGUGUCAUAUAAAAAGAUACAUAUUUCCUAACAUAGCAAAAAUAAGAAAUGUACUUGGUGGUGGUUUUAAUAACACUAUAAUUUAUUUAUGUAGUUGAUAUUUUGAAAUAUUUACUUCAUGAAGACGUAUAUUCAUAAAGAAGCUCACAUUUAUACACCAAAAUAUAAUUGCUGUUUCAUAACAAUGUUAGGUACAAAAUUUAAAAUGCAUUAUUUUUUGUAAUUGUAUCUUUGUAUUUUUCCGUUUUACGGAUAUAUAAAUAUUACUGGCAGCUUUAAAAAUAUUCGUGAUUGAUAUAUUUCUUUUAUUAGUUGAGAUACAAGAAUAAAGAGUUUUGUAUUAUUAAUAUAUCGCUGUAUUCGUCGUCUUAUUGUAUUUUAUACAGAAUGGGUGUAUGUAGGAUAAUAGAAUUUAGCAGAAAUGUACGGUUAUGGAGGUGCCAUUAAAAUUUAAUUUUGGGUUACCAAGAACUUGUGUCCCGUGCUAAAUUUUAUUUACUAAUUUUAUAGAAUUCCUCAAAUUUCCUUCAAUUCUAUGAAAUUGAAAAUUUCAUAGAUUAUAUACAGGUAAAUAAGUUUAGCACACGAGUACACGAUUACAUAUUAACUCAAGUUUGUGAUCAAAUUCAACAAUCGGCAUUUAAUGAUAGAUUUAUUUAUUUAUCAACUUAUACAUUGCCAAGAAAGGACUUGGUAAGGGAAUUUUAUAAAGAAUACUUAUUCACUCCUUAUACUAUCAUCAUACCUUAUGCCGUAUAACGCAUCUAACACUACUGACUAGCUUAUUCACAACCAUCCUAUCUCAACUUUUUACUAUUUGUAUUGCCUUUAUUUCCAUAUGUCUAUCUUAUAUUCCUACACCUUUUCUUAAUAAUACUAUUUAAUCCUUGAUCUAUCUAUUUAUCACAGUUUUCGUUAUUAUAUACCUUGUAUAACAAUUCGAUUUUCCAUAUUGCAAAAGUCUUCUUACACCUCCUCUCUAUCUCUACAUGUCUUUUCCUUUCUCUUCUUUAGUUUCUUAUUUCUUUCCUUCCAAACCUUUAAUACAUUCACCUUUUUUUCAUCCAAAAUCUCGUUCCAUAUCCUAUUGCUUAUCACCUCUUUAUCAUCGUUUAGCUCUGCAAAUCAAUUCUUUGUCCUAUAACAAUUAUCUAAAUAAUGCUCAAAACUAUCUGCUUCUAUUUCACAAAAGAUGCAGAGUUUAUAUUUUUAUUCUAACCAAUACUUGUUUGCCUCUUCUAGAUUACUACAACUUAACAAGUGCCCUUAUAUCUUCUCCUCUCAACCGGCACUUAAUGUUUGAGUUAUUAUUCUCGCAAUAUCGUAUUUCAAACUUGAGAUAAUAUGUAUAAAUCAUCGAAUACUAUUAAACUACAAUUUUUUUCGUAUUAGAGCAGUUAUAUAUUGUUAUGCAAUUUUGUAAAAUAAUUAGGAAAUUGAUAUAAAUAUACGACGGUUGAACGAACAGAUUGUCCAAGUCAUUUGCAGAUACGGAUAUUUGUAUGAAAGGAAAACUUGUAAUAUCUCAUAUGUUUUACACAGUUGUGAUGUAAUUAAAAAUGAACAAACAUGACACUAUUGAAUAAUUUGUAGUCGUGGCUAUUGACAAAGUUACCUCGAUUAAAAAAUUUUGUAACAUAAAAACUUGUGUAGGAUGCAUUAUGUAUAUUACUGCACAUAUAAUUCUAUCUUUCAGCUAUACAUUUUAUACUAAUAAAUAUUGUAAUAAAAAAGAUUAAA